AUGAGCAACUCCGGAUUUCAGCAAGUUACUGAAUCGACUACACAAGUAGAGCGCCCUAACCCCUACGGGCCAAACCCCGCUGACUACCUAUCGAAUGUGGCGAACUUCCAGCUGAUUGACUCCACCCUGAGAGAGGGUGAGCAGUUUGCCAACGCUUUUUUCACGACGGAGAAGAAGAUAGAGAUCGCUAAGGCCCUAGAUGACUUUGGUGUGGACUACAUCGAGCUGACCUCGCCUGUGGCGUCGGAGCAAAGCAGGAGCGACUGUGAGGCGAUCUGUAAGCUGGGAUUGAAGGCUAAGAUCCUGACUCACAUCCGUUGCCACAUGGACGACGCCAAAGUCGCAGUUGAGACCGGCGUUGACGGUGUGGACGUUGUCAUCGGCACUUCCAAGUUCCUGAGGCAGUACUCCCACGGCAAGGACAUGAACUACAUUGCCAAGAGCGCGAUCGAGGUGAUCGAGUUUGUCAAGUCCAAGGGCAUCGAGAUCAGAUUCUCGUCUGAGGACUCUUUCAGAUCGGACCUUGUGGAUCUGCUGAAUAUCUACAAGACCGUGGACAGCAUCGGUGUUAACAGAGUGGGUAUUGCCGACACAGUUGGUUGUGCGAACCCCAGACAGGUUUACGAGCUGCUGAGAACCUUGAAGACCGUGGUACACUGCGACGUGGAGUGCCACUUCCACAACGACACCGGGUGCGCCAUCGCCAACGCCUACACCGCUCUAGAAGGCGGCGCCAGGCUGAUUGAUGUGGCCGUGUUGGGCAUUGGUGAGAGAAAUGGUAUCACGCCCCUGGGUGGGCUGAUGGCGAGAAUGAUCGUGGCUGCGCCCGAGUACGUCAAGUCCAAAUACAAGCUGCAUAAAAUCAGAGACAUCGAGAACCUGGUCGCUGAGGCCGUCGAGGUCAACAUUCCAUUCAACAACCCUAUCACCGGCUUCUGUGCAUUCACCCACAAGGCAGGCAUUCACGCCAAGGCUAUCCUGGCUAACCCAUCUACUUACGAGAUUCUGAACCCACACGACUUCGGGUUGAAGAGAUACAUCCACUUCGCCAACAGGCUGACAGGCUGGAACGCGAUCAAGUCGAGAGUCGACCAGCUGAAUCUGAACAUGUCCGACGAGCAGUGCAAAGAGGUCACAAUGAAGAUCAAGAAGCUGGGCGACAUCAGGCCGUUGAGCAUCGACGACGUGGACUCUAUCAUUAAGGACUUCCACUCGGAGAUCACCACGCCACAGCUCAGAAACAUGGACGCGCAGGGCAGCGACGACUUGAACAACCUCGACAUCAGCGCGCCUGCCGCUAAGAAGGCUAAAAAGUCCCAGUGA